UGUCUGUUGGUCCACCUGGUCAGCGGAGGCUGAUCCUGGUUCUGGUGGUGUGGAUUUGGAGGAAGGAGCUUCACAGAGCUCUACCUGAGCUGGGCCUGUUUCCUGAGCUGGGCCUGUUACCUGAGCUGUGUCUGUUACCUGCAGCCACAGACAGUGAUUGGCUUUGUGGUGGAGGACAGCUCAGUAUUCAUGACCCACAGUCUGAGACAGAACCUAGAGCAGGUCCAAACUUCAGGUAUAAUCAGGACUGAGCUUCUGAGAGUGGCUGGAAAACUUCUGUCACAUUUCACUCUGAGUAUUAAAACCUGAUAAUGUGACACGAUGUGAAAACACAGAGAAUAAACUAUAUAUAUAUAUAUCUUCAAACCUGGACGAAUGAAUGGAUGAAUGGAUCUGAACACAUAUCUGCAGUAUAAAGAGGAACUCAGAAGAGAAAACAGUUAGAAACCACAGAAACAGGGAAGUGCUCAACUUCUCUUUUGUCGAGAACACAGUCACCAGGAAUUUCAGAAAUAAAAAGUGAUGGUAAAUCACGAUGUUGUAACUUCAGAGAUUGGGAGUCAAAUGAGGGAAGAAAACCCUGAGCAGCUGGAUAUAACGUCCAGAGAGUUCAGGUCAUCAACCAGAACUGAACUCGCCACCAUCACAGGAGGACUCAGAUCUUUCACUGCUGACAAUAAGUUUAGUAAAAAUACUGCUCUCGUGUUAUUUCAGUGAUAUUAGUAUUUUCACUAUUGAAGCUAAUAACUUUAUCUCCAGGCAUCAAAAGCAUCCUCCGUGUUGUUCUUGGUUGAUUAGUUAAUUGAUUGUUACUCUCAAACAGCUCUUAUCAUUUAAUCAAACUGUGAAUCCAUCAUCUUCAUCACCAUGGAGACAAAGAUGCUGUUGUUCUUCGUUCUUCUCUGGACCACUGGAUGUUCUGAAGUCCGAGAUCUGUCCGGGAAGCAGUUCACUUUUCCAAAUGACCCCCGAGGUGUAAACCAGCCCCACGUUGUUCUUCAUGCCAAAACCAACUCCAUCUCCACCAUGACCGUCUGCCUUCGCUUCUUCUCCCAGAUGAACCGGAUGCAAGGACUCUUCUCUUUGGCGACUGUUGACCAUGAGAACGCUCUGAUGCUGAACAAAGAUGGUGAUGGAUCAUACAAAGCUCACACAGGCAGCGACACCUACAUCUACAAAAAACUCCCAACCAACCUCCUGGACUGGAACUCAGUCUGUUGGACCUGGGACUCUCAGACAGGGCUGACCCAGCUGUGGCUGAAUGGACUUCAUACCUCCCAGAAGCUGCUGGGGAAGUCUGUGGUAAGAGGUGAGCUGAGUAUCACCAUCGGCCAGGAGCAGGACGAAUUUAAAGGAGGCUUCAAAACAGACGACUCGUUUGAAGGGGACAUUACUGACCUUCACAUGUGGGACCAUGUCGUGACUGCAUGUGAUAUCAGGUCCUACAUGAAUCAGGGUUCCUUCUCUCCAGGGAACCUCCUCAACUGGAACAACCUGAACCACACAGUCUCAGGGAACGUCUUCAUCCAGGACGCUGACUUUGUGGAACCGGUCUGUCAGUAAUGUGAGCUUCAUGUGGACAUUGAGGUUCUAACUUCACUGUCAAAACAAAAUAAACCACAUUUAUCUUGAUAAAACGUAACAAAUCAUGAUAAUGUUGUUUACUGUGCUUUCAUUAAUGAUGAUAAUCCGACAAACAAAUUGGAAAUGCUCUGUAAACUGCAAUAUACAUAAUUCAUUAACAAAAAGACUGUGCUCAGUCACUUUGAGCUGAACAAUCAGCUGCUCUUCAGACUCUAACAGCUCUGUCACACUGAUGUUUAUUCAAAUGUGAGGAUUCAUUGUUAUUUCUCAACGGAGUCUUUUGCUGCCAAACCUCAGCAUUUUAAAAAUCCUCUUCUUUUUUGUAAACAUGUUUCAUUGUGUUUUUUAAAAGAACAUCUCAGUCAGUUUUACUGUGUGUUUGUUGAGUAUCAGCAUCCACCAAAAAACACAGAGGAAAGUGAAAUUUGAUUCAUCUAAACAGUCUAAUGCAUUUAUAAAAUAUUUGAAGCAAUUUUCUACCAUGUGUGUUUGAUGAACUGCAAAGUGACAUUAAGUUUCUUUCUUUUUUACUUAGGUCUUUAGGAAAUUCAGUUUUUAACAUUGAAGGUGAUUUUCGCAGUGUUUCUUUAAAAAUGAAUGACUUCAGAUUUUAUACAGUUAUAUUCUAGGUUUAUCUGAAGAAGAGUCCAUCACAAAAGUCAGUAAACAUCUAACAGAGAAGUGCCCAGGAGUCUUUAAAAGUGACAUUAUUUUGUGUGUUGUUAUUAUUCAAAAACCCCUCACUCGCGGUGACUGUUGUAACACAAUGAAAAGUAAAUGAUAAAAACAAAUAAACAGCUUUGAGUAAAAAGGA